UGAGUAGCUCCACCGCACAGCGAGCUCUUGAAGAGUUACGCAUCAGUACUUUGCCUACUGAGAAAAAGCCAGUCGGGCUCUUCGACUACACACAAUACCCACAAUGGCGCGGACAUCACGGGGCGCCAACCAGCGCUCAACAUGGUCUAUCGCCUUCUACCUUCUCCUCGUCCUCGUCGGCGGCUUGAUGCUGGCGAAGACAGCACACGCCCAGGAUCAGGAGCCACUCAAGGACAAUAGCAAUGCUGUGUCCGGCCCUGUCAUUGGUAUCGAUUUGGGAACGACAUACUCUUGUGUCGGCAUCAUGAAGAACGGCAAGGUCGAGAUCAUGGUCAACGACCAGGGUAACCGUAUCACACCUUCCUGGGUAGCUUUCACCGACGAGGAGCGUCUUGUCGGAGAUGCCGCCAAGAACCAGUUCGCCAGCAACCCCCACAACACCGUCUUCGACAUCAAACGUCUCAUCGGCUCCAAGUUCAACGACAAGUCCGUCCAGUCUGAUAUCAAGCACUUCCCCUUCAAGGUCGUCAACAAGAAGGGCCAACCCCACGUCAGCGUUCAGGUCAACAAGGAGGAGAAGACAUUCACCCCCGAGGAAAUCUCGGCCAUGGUUCUCGGCAAGAUGAAGGAGGUCGCUGAGAGCUAUCUCGGCGAGGAAGUCAAAAAUGCCGUUGUCACGGUCCCCGCCUACUUCAACGACGCUCAGCGCGCUGCCACCAAGGACGCCGGAACCAUCGCCGGUCUCAACGUUCUCCGCGUUGUGAACGAGCCCACCGCCGCCGCUCUCGCCUACGGCCUUGACAAGACCGAUCAGAAGGAACGCCAGGUUCUCGUCUACGAUCUCGGAGGUGGUACUUUCGAUGUGUCUAUCCUUACCAUUGAGGAGGGCGUGUUUGAGGUCCAAUCUACCGCUGGUGACACUCAUCUCGGCGGAGAAGAUUUCGACAACCGUGUUAUCAACUACUUCACCAAGAAGUACAACAAGGAGAAGAGCGUCGACAUUACCAAGGACGCUAAGACUAUGGGUAAGCUCAAGCGUGAAGUCGAGAAGGCCAAGCGCACGCUCUCGUCCCAGAAGACCACCAAAAUCGAAAUCGAGUCUUUCUUCAAGGGCGAGGAUUUCUCCGAGACCCUCACUCGCGCCAAGUUCGAGGAGCUGAACAACGAUCUCUUCAAGAAGACGCUCAAGCCUGUUGAGCAGGUCCUCAAGGACGCCAAGAUGAAGAAGAGCGACAUCGAUGACAUCGUCCUUGUCGGUGGUUCCACCCGUAUCCCCAAGGUUCAGGCCAUGCUCGAGGAGUUCUUCGGAAAGAAGGCUCGCAAGGAUGUCAACCCCGAUGAGGCUGUCGCUUUCGGCGCUGCUGUUCAGGGUGGUGUUCUCUCCGGUGAUACCGCUACCGACCAGAUCAUUCUCAUGGAUGUCAACCCGCUUACUCUCGGUAUUGAGACCACCGGUGGCGUUAUGACUUCCCUCAUCAAGCGUGGUACCACAAUCCCUACCAAGAAGAGCCAGAUCUUCUCGACCGCCGCCGACAACCAGCCCGUGGUCUUGAUCCAGGUCUUUGAAGGCGAGCGAUCGAUGACAAAGGAUAACAAUAACCUCGGCAAGUUCGAGCUCACCAACAUUCCUCCUGCGCCCCGUGGUGUUCCCCAAAUUGAGGUCACUUUCGAGCUUGAUGCCAACGGCAUGCUCAAGGUCUCCGCCAUCGACAAGGGCACCGGCAAGGGUGAGAGCAUCACCAUCACCAACGACAAGGGCCGCCUGAGUGCCGAGGAUAUCGAGCGCAUGGUUGAGGAGGCUGAGAAGUACGCUGAGGAGGACAAGGCCACCCGCGAGCGUAUCGAAUCCCGCAACAAGCUCGAGAACUACGCCUACAGCCUGAAGAACCAGAUCAACGACGACGAGGGUCUUGGCGGCAAGAUUGACGACGACGACAAGGAGUCGCUCAAGGACGCCAUCAAGGAGAUCCAGGACUGGCUCGAGGAGAACGCCGCCGAGGCUGUCGCCGAGGACUUCGAUGAGCAGUUCCAGAAGUUGUCUGACGUUGCCUACCCCAUCACCUCCAAGCUUUACGGCUCGUCUGGUGGCCCUGGUGGCGACGACGAGGAGCCUGGUCACGACGAGUUGUAGAUGACUUGUGACAGGUGUAAAAGUGUAGUGUUCUUACAUGCAUUCGCGGAGCCGGUCACGUUGGG